AAUGUCCACAGACACGUACACAACCCACAGACCCAGUGAAUCGUGCUUCAAGUUGCUUCUGCCCUACGCCCCCCACCACUAACACAGCUUUUAUCCCCACCCCCGCCAGUCCUGCACGAGUGAGCUCCGUUGAGUCUCUCUGGCGUUUCAGUCCUCUGCGGUGCGUUCACGAGUAAAUAUAUAUAAAAAAUUUUCAUCACAUUGACAUCGAGAUUGGAGAAGAUUUUGAACGAGUUAUUUUUUGGAAUUGCAGAGUGUGUUGAGGAUCUUUAAAUUGCCUUCUCCGAAUUUUUGGAGAUUUCUGUGAUAGGGCGAGAGCACUUGUGGAGCCAAAUUGGAUUAAUUCAGACUUGUGGAUAUUUUGUGAUAUAUUUUCAUUGAAGGGCUUUGGAGUUUAUGGAGUUUGUGGAUAUUUUUUCGAGUGAGUGAAGUCUCAAGGUUGAAGUUGUUUUGUGAGGAUUGACGUGACGUGUGCUUUGGAUUUUGAUGCAAUGAGCGGCCACGUGGUGGAGACUAGCUGCGAGUUCUCGGCGUUUAUGAAAGGUGUAAUGGCAGGCACAGAACGCGAUGCAGGUUUCUGCAGCGGUGGUGACGAGGAUGACAUGUCAGGCCUCCAUUCACCAAGUGCCUCUGAAGACAGCGUUGAAGUUCAAAUCUCUCCGAUUUCUCUGAGGAACAAACGAAAACUGGCGGAGCCUCGCAAGCUCCAAGAGCAAUCAACAGCUCCCCUGAAGAAACGUCGUUUUGACCUCAUCCAGGAGUCAUCAACAGUUGUUGACGAGGAGUCAAGACCCCCAAACACACCGUCCCCAUCGCCUUUCCGUCCGUGGAGUAGUCCAGCCAAACCAACAGAAUCCAAAAGUCCAUCAGCCUCGAAGCCCUCAGAAUCCAGUCCUCAAACGUCUGAGAACUUUCUCACGACUGAUCUGAGAAUUCAAGAGGAGAGAUGGCGACAGGAGGAGGCUAGGAGACGUGCUGAGGAAGCACAGAGACAGCAUGAAGUGCGAAUUCAGGAGGAGGUGCUUGCAAGACUCCAGGAGUCUGAAGCGAGACGAACAACAUCACCAGUUUCAUCUCAAACAUCAAAUUCUUCUGUCACGUCGUCCCAGAGUCGAGAGAGACAGAGAUUCCAACCACCUCCACCACCACCACCACCUCCAGCACCUCUCAGACUGCAAGAGGAACCUUUGGCGUUGGUCUUGAGGGGAGAACCUCCCAGAGUGCCAGCACAUCCAGCUGUCAACGGUAGCUUCGAGCGGAGUUCAACGUUCAGCAUGAUUGAGCCAACUUUCUCAGACAGCUCCAGGGAUGGAAGCCAGAGGGGAGGCGAUCAGAGAAAUCAUCAGAAUGGCCAGCAGAGAAAUUACAAGAACAUGACGAGAGAGAGGAGAAUAGAGGCCAAUGCCAGGGAGAGAACGAGAGUUCAUACCAUCUCAGCAGCUUUUGAUACUCUUAGAAAAUCCAUCCCAGCUUAUUCUCAUAAUCAGAAACUCUCCAAGUUAUCGGUUCUGAGGAUUGCCUGCAGCUACAUCAUGACUCUGAGCAAAAUAGCCAAUACACCGGAAGGAGAGGAGACAACAAGUGCGGCUCUUGGCACCUGCGUUGACAUGGUGUCAAGAACUAUUCAGACCGAGGGAAAGCUGAGGAAAAAGAAAGACGACUAGGAUAUCGGUCUUUUGGCUUACAAAGUCGGGGGAACUGGUGUCCUAGACCGACGCAAGAUCACAAUGCUCAAUAACUUCGCCAACCUUGCUAUUAGGGUUAAAUAAAAUUUUUCGAAUUUUGUUAAGGGAAUGUUUUGACAAUAGUUUUUUAGCCUAGGAUGAGAGAACAUGAAGACAAUAAUUGAAUUUUCUUGUUAAUCCUUACGAAUUGAGAUCAUGUGUUUAGGGAGAAUCGGAAGUAAUUGGAGGGGAAUUUGUGAUUUAAUGUUAAAAUUCACUGAUAACUGAAAUUUUGGAGUAUGUUUUAUGAGCUUUUGUAGGAUUUAUGAGUGAGUGGAGUAGAAUUAUUGUUCUUUUGAAAACUGCUGAAUUAAAUUCAAAAUCAUGCUUCCAGUUAUUCGUUGACUGAUGCCAAGUACAAAAAGUUCAACUGCUUGUUUUAAUUUUUUCGCGAGAGAAAAAAAAAUAGAAUAAAAUUAGGGUAAUUGUCAAAGCGCCAUUGUACAUAAUUGAUGAUGUUAAGUCAGUGAAAGCCGCCGGUGACGGUUUUCCUAUUUUUUAAGAAGAAUCAAUUUCUCCAUAAGAUAUUAGUUUUAAUCCCAAUGAGAUCUAAGAUUCUUACGAUCUUCUUGACAAGAAAUUAUAUGGAUAUAUUAUAUUGACUAAUAGACUAUAAAAUUAUAAAAAAAAGUAAAGUGCGAGCGCUUGAAUGGCGCCCAUGUCCUGUAUGUACCUUUCUACAGAUUGUAGAUUUAUUGCCAAGUGGUGUUUUUCGUUCUUGAAUUUUAAUAUUUUAAAAUUCAAUAAAACCAAGUGAUUC